UUCCAGAAAGGCUGACAGCAUCAAAUCCAGAACAAAUUCUGAGUCAGAGCCUGGUUGGAAUUUAUAUAUUAUAAACACUGUUUCAACCAUUCAGCUUUACAGAGAAAUGGUAGAUUAUAGUAAAACUUACGAAAACGUAAAAACUGAGAGUUGCAUCCAUCUUCUAAGUGAGGCUCACUUAUUGGUUAGAGCAGCUAUAAUGGACCCUAGUUUCCUUAAAUCAGAUGAGAAAGAAGAACUUCAAAGAGCAUUCAGAGAAAGUUGUGCAUUCUUAGGAGACUGCUACAGCAGGUUUGACACAAGGGAUUACCACCUCGCUUUGCCAUACUACAGAAUGUCAGGUUUAUCCAUGACCGAAGUUUUAAAGAGACUAGUUUCAGAAGGUGAUGAGAUACAAACGUAUGAGAGAGGAUUUAUCUUUUACUUAACUCACUCUCUUAAUGAAGACUUAAAUGAAGAAUUAAGUAAGGAGUCAGCAAAUAAAGUUCUCCGAAUAUUCUGUCUGGCUGACCCUGUGCAGCUGCCUCAUAUCCUCUGCAGCCCCUGCAUGAGAAACGUAUGUCCUUUGACAGCUGUGAAGUAUCUUCAGAAAGUAGAGAAGACUAUGCCAUCGGUGGUCCUGACACUUACUAAGGCUUUCAUGGCUCUGAAAAUGGGAGACCUGACGAUGUAUGAGCAUGAGAUGGACUCCUAUAAGGAGACAAUACUGGCUUGUGGCUUCAUUGGGCAACCAAAACUCUUGAGACAGCAUAAGGGAGGAAUUGUUAUUCCAACUGAGUUUGCUGUUCACCUGAAGGAGACGCACCCUGGUUUACUGGUGGCUGCCACUGUGGCUUUACAUGAGAACAGUAAAAUUGAACUGGAAGAAGCAGAUACCUUUUUCAAGUUAUUGUGUCGUAACAGUGAAAACACUAUUCCUCAGCUCUUGGUGGAUUUCUGGGAAGCUCUUCUUGUCGUGUGCUCUCAGGAAGAAACACUUCAGGAGCUUUUGUUGAGGGUUACCUCUCAGUAUGUUUGGAGAAUAUCAAAGCAGCAGCUUCCUGAGACUAAGCCAUUGAAAACAACAGAGGAUCUAAUAAACUCCUGUAGUCAUUUUGGGUUGAUUUUCCCAUGGGUAACUUCCAUAAUGUCAAUGGGAUCUCCUUCUGAUAAAGAUUACUGUGAAGAUGUCUCAAAACUACAGUCUCUUUUAUGUAGUCAAUCAAUCAAUAUAGAUUCAGCUCUGCCUGUCUUGGAGCCUCUGACAGAGGCUGGCAACGUCGGCCUCACCAUCCAUGUUCUCUGCGAUACCCGUCUAGGCAAGUAUGAGGAAGCCAUUGACCAGCUUCUCAAAAGGUGUCCUGAUGCAGCUGUAUUAUAUGCUCAGCACGAGCUGAAAGAUGACAGUCGGGCUGUGUGGUGGAACAAGCUGCUUCCUGAACUGUGCAAGAGAACUAGACUUGCUGGAAAUGACUGCCCUAUUCUUAUUUCAUCACUGAAAGAAACUUUAUCAGUUGUUGCAAUGGAACUGGAACUAAGGGAUUUCCUCAGUCUUCUACCAGAGGAUGGAACUGCAGCAUUUUUUCUGCCACAUCUUCUUCACUGCAGCCAGAGGAAGCUGCUGACCUAAAACAAUGAAAGUUACUACGCGCUCAAAUACAAAGAAUGUGCUGGAAUAAAAAAGUAAAUGAAACAAGCAGUAGAACUACAUAU